UGCUUCCAUUGUAAGAUAAAAGAGAAAAAGCAAGAAUUUGUUAUUCUUGAUUUUGGGUUUCCUAAUUUUGACUUGUGGGGUUUGGAUUAUGGAGAAAGAGACAGCAUGGUAUUCAGGCAAAUGGGUUCUCAAAAUUUGAAAUCUUCAACCAUAAAAGAAUGGAGUUUUGUGGGUUGUCUUACUAUAUAAUAUAGCAAAAAGCAUCCCUUGUAUACUCACUAAGCUCUGUGCAUUAGCAGACAAAACAAUCUGCCACCAUAUGCACAUAUGCUUUGUUUUUCUUCUUUUUCAAAAUCAAACAAUAUUAUAUUUGGUGCUAUUUCAGUGCCACUCAGCCCAUUAUUUUGGAAGUUGUUUUAGAUUUUUCUCUAUUUUUUGAUUUAAAUCUUUCUGUAUUUCAAAUCUCUGUUGCCAAGUCUCUGACUUUCAACUGGGGUUUUGUUUUUUCCUCUUUCUUUAUUAUUAAGAAUUUGAAUUCUGCAGACAGAAACUGAGGGAAAUGGACGGUUCAAUGCUCGAUACUUGUUGUUUUUUUCAAAAAACAAAUCUUAUAUUAUAUUUUAAUUUUGAAAUGGUAUCUGCACAAGCAUUCAAAAAAGCAUCUUGCUCGUCCGCCAAGGCUUUUUUCCAUGAAUGUUCUAAGUUCUAACUUCUAACACAGGUUUCUUUUUUAUAUCUCUUUGAUUUAUUCGCGUUUGGGUUGUUUGAGGAUUUGGGGAUGGAAAAUUAGGAGACAUUCAUUGCUUGAGAUUGAUGGGUCUGUGUAAAAUUUGAGAGAGAAUUUGGGGACCACCACUUCUUCUUUACAUACAAAAACCAAAAUGCAUUUUUUUAGGUUACUUGUUCUUUUUCUUUUCACUCUCAAGCUCAGUUUACCUUUUCUCAAGAACCAGAAAUCUGGAGAUGGGCUGUUGUUGUAAGAGUGGAAGUUUACUAGUUGUUUCAGAAAUUGCUGGGUAUGGUUAAUGAUUUCAAGAUGUGUGACUCAGUUGUUGUGCAAUCUGCCUCAGACCGAAAUGAUUCCAGCAACAAAUGUUCACCUUCUGGUGCGAGUUAUUGUAGUUCAGCAACUCUCUAUGAUUUUGAGGGCAAUUUUCAGAACAAUCACUCCUCCUUCGAGGUGAGCAAUAUUGGUGAAGAAGCUGAGAGACUCGGCUCAAGCAAUAAACAGAAUGGUGCUUGUCCUUAUAGGUUCCAACUUGAACAGGAUGUAGAAAGAUUACAGAGGCAACUUCAAGAAGAGAUGGAACUCCAUGCUAUUCUGGAAAAUGCAAUUGAGAAAAACACUGGAGAAUUAUCUAGUUCAUCAUGCCUCCCUCACAAUGCUCAGGUGCUCUUGGCUAAUAUUUCAGUAUUGGAGCUCACAGUUUCAAAACUUGAGCAAGAGAUGGUGUCUUUGCAUUUUAAGCUUAGUCAAGAAAGAAAUGAACGAAGACUUGCAGAAUACCGAAUGCGACAUUCAUCUUCUUUUUCAUUAUCGCGUUGCUCCCCUGACAACAUGAAAGCAUCCAAAUCAUCAUCAUUGAGGUGUUUAAAGCAUUCCAUUUCUGAGCUGCAUCAUUCCUAUGAACAUGGCUCAUGCCAGGAGCUAAGGGAUCAACCACCGGCAUCUACUAGCAAAUCAUGCAGCGCAUACUCAAUGGUAGAGAAUGCAGAUAACUCAGUAGCAGUUUUCCCCGAGGAUAUAAUAUCCAUUAAAACAGAUACCAAAUGUUAUCAACCUGUAGACUUUGGGAAACUUACCAAGGGGAUGCCUCCUAAGGGUCUAUGGGAGCACCCUAAUCAACUAUCAGAAGAGAUGGUACGAUGCAUGAAAAAUAUAUUCAUAUCUCUGGCUGAGUCUGCUCUACCAUCCAAACCAUCUGCAGUGGAGAGUCAGUGCUCUUCCUUGUCACCUCGUGGACAUCUUUCAAAUUCGUCUUUGUGGUCAUCAUCUGAGCGCUCAAUCAUUUCAUCAUGGGUACAGAGCCCACAAGUUGAUGUAAAAGGUCACUCUGAAGUUUUAGCCACAGAGAAUGUCUGUGACCCCUAUAAAGUGCGUGGAAAAUUAAGUUGGGCAGACAUUGGAACGUAUGGUUUAGCAACUGAGGUUUCUUGGAUGUCUGUUGGGAAGAAGCAACUAGAAUAUGCUUCUGGGGCACUAAGGAGGUUCAGAACACUAGUUGAGCAGCUGGCGAAAGUGAACCCUAUCCAAUUGAACUGCAAUGAGAAGCUGGCUUUCUGGAUCAACUUAUAUAAUGCACUCAUAAUGCAUGCGUACUUGGCAUAUGGAGUCCCAAGAAGUGACCUGAAGCUCUUUUCUUUGAUGCAAAAGGCGGCUUACACUGUUGGGGGGCAUUCUUUCAGUGCAGCUGCUAUUGAGUAUGUGAUUCUGAAGAUGAAACCACCUGUCCAUCGGCCACAAAUUGCUUUGCUACUUGCCCUUCACAAACUGAAGGUGUCAGAGGAGCUACGGAAGUCUGCAAUUGAUACGUGUGAACCUCUUGUAGCUUUUGCUCUCAGCUGUGGGAUGUAUUCGUCACCAUCAAUAAGGAUCUACACAGCAAAGAAAGUGAGGGAGGAGCUUCAGGAAGCUCAGCGCGAUUUUAUUCGGGCCUCAGUGGGGUUGAGCAGCAAAGGCAGGUUAUUGGUGCCAAAGAUGCUGCACUGCUUUGCAAAAGGCUUUGUGGAUGAUGCAAAACUGGCUGUAUGGAUAUCACAUUACCUUCCACCCCACCAGGCUGCCUUUGUUGAGCAGUGCAUUUCACGGAGGCGACAAAGCCUUCUUGGUUCACGUAACUGUGGGAUUCUUCCCUUUGAUUCUCACUUCCGUUACCUGUUCCUGCCUGACCAACUUUCACUCUAAUGGCGCUUGUUUUAUACUAAAUAUGCAGCCUUAGGUCAAUUUCCACCUUGGAAAUGACUUGAGGAUGGUUGCAGUUUUGGUGUUUUUGCCUUGUAGACCAGUUGUAUCCCUGUUGGGUGUUGUAUAUGUUGUUGAUGGACAGCAGGAGCUCAAGUAUGGGGCUCACUGCAGGUAACUGACAUGUACUAGCUUCAUUUAACAAACUGUUAAUAAAGAAUUAAUGAAGAUUUGUUCUA